AUGGAAAAUGUAGAUAACAAGAAACUACUAAUUAACUACAUUUCGCCAUCGGUGUACCAGAUGAUUAGUGACAAAGAAACAUAUGAGGAAGCGAUCCAGUCACUAAACAACAUCUAUGUGCAACCCAAUAACGAGGUCUUCGCAAGGCACAAGUUAGCCACGUGCAGACAAGAACAGGGUCAAAGCGUUGACGCCUUUCUUCAAAAACUCCGCAGUCUAUCCAAGGAUUGCAACUUCAAAGCCGUGACAGCUGAGCAACAUCGUGAUGAGUCCAUACGCGAUGCAUUCAUAACAGGUAUUGCCUCCAACAGCAUUAGAAAACGCCUCCUUGAGAAAACAGAUUUAAAGUUAAAGGAUGCAUUUGAGGAAGCCAGAGUACUUGAACACGCCUAUCAACAUUCGCUAUUGUACGAGUCACAGUCAGAAACCACUAGUGGGGCUACUACAAAUGCUGUAAGAGAACACCCUGCUGAUCCUGUCGCUCCCCAGUUGCCUGAUCUACGAGCCUCGAUUAAUUCGACUCAAACAAGACAAGAGGUAAGCGCUAUAUCUAUCAAGUGUUACUUCUGUGGCAGAGGAAGACAUCCUCGUAAUGAGUGCCCCGCACGUGAAGCCACAUGUAAUCAGUGUGGCAAGAAGGGACAUUUUCAGAGAUCUUGCAAGUCAAGAAAAUCUACAGCAUUUGCCCUCGCUACGUUGCACUCAUUAGGACUAGGCAAAUCAACCUCCUUGAUUCUUCUCAAUGGGGUGCCACUUAAAGCCUUGAUAGACACUGGAAGCUGUGAGAGUUACGUGGCAGCUCGAGUUGCCAGGAAUCACAAAUGGCCGAUAAAAACCUCCGUGGACAGAAUAUUUAUGGCUUCUACUCACCUGUCUCGAGUUACUGAAGGCCAUAUCUUUGCUACCAUUCAACUCAAAGAUGAAACAUAA